UUCAUAAUGGUCCGUCACCUAGUUGUUGGCCUCUUGCUUGUUUUCCUUGUGGCGGAAAUUUCCGCCUCUGGGUACUAUCCUAAGGGAAAGCCUGGAUACGGAGUAGGCAAGCCGGGAUAUCAUCCAAGAAAACCAGAGGACAAUGGCGGUGGGAAAGAGGAAGGAAACGGUGAAAAUGGAAAGAAUGGAAAAGAUGAUGAGAAUGGAAACAACGGGAAAGGAGGUGACGGAAAAGAGAAUGGCGACAAUGAAGUCAACAAUGGCGGCGGCGACGAAGGCGUUGACAAAUAUGCCUAUGGUGGCGGAUAUAAGGGAGGAUAUCGAUAUGGCCAAGUUGGAAAAGGCAGAGGAUAUGGCGUCAAAGGAAAGGGAAGAAAACGGUAUGGCUUGGGGAAUAUCUACAAAUUCAAAGAAAAGAGAUCGACUAAGAGAUACUACAAACGGAAAUACCAAAAAGGGAGCGACAGUGGAUCCGUCAGUCGAGAAGACGACAAAACAAGUCAAGAAAGUCGGGAAAAAGGGAAAAAAUACAAGCACAGAGGGAAAAGAUCAACAGGAUACUAUUACAGACGUAAAUACCGAAAAGGAAGCGAUAGUAAAUCCGUCAGUCGAGAAGAUGACAAAACAAGUCAGGAAAGUCGGGAAAAGGGGAAAAAAUACAUAGGGAAAAGAUCAGCAGGAUACUAUUACAGACGUAAAUACCAAAAAGGAAGCGAUAGUAAGUCCAUCAGUCGAGAUGACGACAAAACAAGUCAAGAAAGUCGGGAAAAAGGGAAAAAAUACAAGCACAGAGGGAAAAGAUCAGCAGGAUACUAUUACAGACGUAAAUACCGAAAAGGAAGCGAUAGUGGGUCCAUCAGUCGAGAUGACGACAAAACAAGUCAAGAAAGUCGGGAAAAAGGGAAAAAAUACAAGCAGAGAGGGAAAAGAUCAGCAGGCUACUAUUACAGACGUAAAUACCGAAAAGGAAGCGAUAGUAGGUCCGUCAGUCGAGAAGACGACAAAACAAGUCAAGAAAGCAAGGAAAGUGGCGGGAAAAGCGUAGGAAAAAGUUACAAAAGACGGUCAUACAAAAAAUCUGGCUAUCCAGUAAGGAGCUAUUCUAAAAAAGGAUAUAGACCGAAGAGAUCAGUGGGGAAUUAUUAUAGACGUAAAUAUCGAUAUGGCAAAUAUGGCGGGAAAGGCGGUUACAAACCGAGUGGAAAGACAGGGGGUGGAAGCGAUGACAAUGGAUCUGUCAGCCGAGACAGUAGUAAGAAGAGCAGCGAGAGCAAAGAAAGUGGCGGGAAAAGCUCGAAGAGCCGUGAAAAGGACGACAAAAAUGGCAAGGAUAAUGGAAAAAACGGUAAUAAUGGUAAGAAAAACGGCAAAAAUGGAACAAGAUACGUGAAGAAACCUUAUACCGGGUACAAGAAAUAUCGAUACGGAAAAUCGUACAAAAAAUCUUACAGACCAUGGAACAAAAAGUACUACCCCAAACGCUAUUAGACCAAAAUCCAUUUAAUAGACUGAACUGUUGAAAUAAGAAAAUUUUUAAAUAAUUGUGAAAAACUCAAUAUCUAUGUAACCUGAUUAGAACUUGUGAAAAUGUCGAUGCUACUUUCGAUGUGUAUACUAAGUGUGCAUAUACUGUAAGACUAGUGUCGGUUUAUAAUUCAAUAAACGCAA